AUGAGAAGUCCUAAUCAAACUUUCGGAUCAUGUCAAGCUAUGUGUUCAUCAGAAGAAGUUGAUUUUCGACAAAAAAACAAACUUAUUCAUCCAUUGGAAAGUCUCGAUCCAACCGUACCACAUAAAGAGCUUGUGUGUGACCCUUCCAAAAUGGUUAAAGAAUAUGUGAGAUCUGCUGCAGGAAUUUCUUAUGACUCCGAAUCUAAUAUUCGAACUAUGGAAGUUUUAAGCUCAACUACGGAUUAUUUGAUAUCUUUAUAUCAAGAGUUGAAGGAAACGGAACUGUGUCUUGUUUUCUCCUUUGUGUCUGAUAGACUAAGAGCUGUACGACAAGAUAUCAUAAUCAAGAAUGUUUGGAACGCUCCAGCAAUACUUAUUCUUGAAAAAAUGAUACCGUUUUAUCUGGAAACGUUAUGUCUAGGGCUGUUCAAGCCAUUCAGUUCUUUUGAACUUGUGCUACAUUCGACUCAACUACACGAGUGCUUUUCAAAAUGGUUGAAUGCGAAUAAGAAAGAAGAGCGAGACCCUACAAUCAUUAUUUCUUUUCUAAUAUUUGUUUAUUACGAUAUGCCGUAUGAUAAUUCUUUUUACCGUUUCCUGAACUGUUUAAAUGACGAUAUGAGAUCUCUUGUGAUUCGACUACUCAACGCUUUCAAAUCCUGUAACUAUGUUCGUUUCUUCCGUCUUUUGAAGCUUUUGCCCUCUAACUCGAAUAGGGAAAGUGCUGUGUAUUUAAUUCAAAGCUUGAGAUCAAUUGCUGUAGAUAGAAUUUGCAUUGCUUACAAAUGCAAUAAUGCUAAACUUCCUAAGUCUUUGAUAUAUUCUUGUCUUGGCUAUUCCGAGCAGGAUUGUAUAGGUUUAUCCUCAAUAGAUUCAUCUCAGGUUCUGGUGUCCGAUCUCAAAAACGUUCUUUCUACUUAUUGGCCUAGUACUUUGUAUAGUUAUAAUACUUCGAACUGA